AUGAUGUGAGCGGAUGCCGCUGCCGUUGCUGCUGCUGCCGCCGCCGGGCCGAGGUGACAGUUGCCGCCUCUCCGGCACAGAGAAGGGGGGAGUGAGCAUGGGGUGCGAGCGGCUGGGCUACUGAGGUGGCUGACGGAGCAGCGGGCUAGUUGGGACUGGGUUUGUCGUGGGUGGGUCCGCCCCUGCCAUCUCUCCCGUCUCUCGGCCGCUGGGCCGCUGCCGGAGCAGCAUGGACGACCUGAGCACUAUCGGCCUGCUCUCCCUCGCCAUGCUGGUCGGCUGUUACGUGGCAGGCACCAUCCCCCUGGCCUUCAACUUCUCCGAGGAAAGGUUGAAGGUGGUGACAGUUCUUGGUGCUGGCCUUCUAUGUGGCACUGCCUUAGCAGUCAUCAUUCCAGAGGGGGUUCAUGCCCUCUAUGAGGAAGCUCUUCAUGAUAAACACCCCCAUGCAGACGAAGCGGGGAAAGUGGAGGAUACAAUAAAGGUGGGACAGCUGGAGGAGGCUAAACCUGAUCACGAGCACAUUGCAUUGCACGCAUACAUUGGUGUUUCGCUCGUCCUUGGAUUUGUGUUUAUGCUCAUUGUGGAUCAGAUUGGGAGUUCUCAUAUGCACUCCAGUGAUGAUCCGGAAGCAGCAAGAACAGCAAAUACCAAGAUUACCACUACACUUGGCCUUGUGGUUCAUGCAGCAGCGGAUGGCAUUGCAUUGGGUGCAGCAGCUUCCACAUCACAGACAAGUGUACAGUUGAUUGUAUUUGUAGCUAUCAUGUUGCAUAAAGCUCCUGCUGCUUUUGGGCUGGUUUCUUUCCUUAUGCAUGCGGGGCUCGAAAGGAAUCGAAUCAGGAAACACCUACUGGUAUUUGCUUUGGCAGCACCACUGCUCUCCAUGAUCACUUACCUGGGCCUGAGUAAGAGCAGUAAAGAAGCUCUUUCAGAAGUGAAUGCCACUGGAAUCGCCAUGCUGUUUUCAGCAGGAACUUUCCUCUACGUAGCCACCGUGCACGUUCUUCCGGAGGUGGGUGGCACUGGCCACAGUCACAAGACUGAAUCAGGAGGGAAGGGACUCAGUCGACUGGAGGUUUGCACCCUUGUCCUAGGGUGCUUGAUCCCAUUGGUAUUGUCAGUGGGUCACCAGCAUUAACCAGCUGCAGUCCAGCAGCAAGCCAGAUAAUAAGGGUCGGCCAGCACGCCCAUGAUGGUUGGCAACAUCAUUAUUCGCGCUGGGAGAUGGUCCCUUCAUUUUUCCCAUGAUAAUCCAAGUGAUGGUUUGGAAAUAAAAAUGAAGUGAAAUUUAGCUGUGUUGUAAAUAAGUUCAAAGUAAUUCUGGAAAUGUAGCCACUUUGAAAAGUGAGUCUUGUUCAAUUAUCAACAGAGCUUGAAAUCUCUGAACUUGUUUCAUUUAAAUGAGAGAAAGAAAAUUAAUCAAAGUGUCUAUUUGUAAAGGGCGAUGCACAGGCACUUACUAAAUUAACAAAGAACUUGGUCUGCAUUAGAGAUAAUCCAGGGCAUUAAUCAAGCCGCAGGAAUUAACACCAGGUUCAUGAAUAUGUGAAAUAUAAUUUUUACUGAAUUUUAUUCAUAAAUGUACAGUCUUAAAUAGUUUGUUAGCCUGUGUGCUUGGUGCCUGCUAGUUCCAUGUCUGUAGUGUUUAAAUGAUAGGAUUUUGACAGGCUAAUGUAUCUUGGAAAUUUUUUUUGUUCAAAGUGCUUUGUUAAUGUGAAUGGGGUAAGGAAAUUAAAAAAAGUCUGAAUCUUUAAUUUGAAUGGUCAAACAUAUAGUUUAGUUGGUAGAUAGGUAUGGGUAUAGGAUAACAAAGGGUCUCCUAUAUACAUGGAGUACGAGGAGUGAAAUGCCAUUGCUAUGACUUUGCUGACUUCUGAAUAUUCAUUAUUCCGUAAGCUCAAAUCAUUCCACAGACAAUGGCCUUAUUUUUCCAAUUCUUUGUACGCAUUAACAGAUCUUGCAGAAUUUUUUUUGUUUUUAAGAUAAAUUUAUAAAUAUUUUUUUAAUGUGCCCACACUUUGUUUUGUACAACUUUUACCCCACCUUUCUUUACACUGAAAAACAUUCUAAACUGAUCUCUUCAGAUAAAAAUGGAAAUAUGUCUUCAACAAUCAUCACUGUUGGUAUCUUGCUUCACAGAAAAAGAGUCUAUUCGUGUUCCAGCUCGUUCGAACAGCUAUUCACUCAUAAAUCAUAGAAUCAUAAAGGGCAGAAUCAGGACUUUUGGCCCACCAUGUCCAUGCCAACUUAUCUAUAGUAAAGUUUACCCGGAUUUGGUCCAGAGCCUUGGCCAUGUAAGUGCUUAUCUAUGUGCUUUGUUCUGAAUUCAGUCCUAUUCUCUGUUACCCUCUAGCUCUGCAAAAGUCUUCCCCAAAAUAUUUGUCCAGUUCCGUUUUAAAUACUGUAAUACAAUUUGCUUCGCUGUCCAUUUUUUAAUGAGCAUUCCAGAUUAAAGCAUUUGGAGCAUUAAAAAAAACUCUAUAAUUUGCACUCAAUUAAACACCUUAAGUGUCUCUGUUCUGAUUAACGACUUCCUGUAAAAAAUGUUAUUUCCUUUGUUAUUCUUCCAACACUUUCUGGUUUAAUUAGAUGUUUCCCAUUAUCUAGUUCCAUCUCAAUAAAGCUCUCUUAUUGGCCUGUCUAACUGAGAUAUUAAUGAAGACUUUUAGGAACAAUGCCCCUACAUAUGUGUUUUUUUUUAAAUAUUGGGACAUCACUAGCUUGUGCUUUGAGUAUGUUUAGUUGGUAGGCCUUUGUUUCAUUUAUUGUCCCACAAUCUAUCUCUAAGCAUGUGUCUUGGUAAGCAUGUUUCAGCUGGCUUCAUCAGAGCCCACUGUGCACAAGUUCAAGGAUCCCAGAAGGCGGGGACAAUAAAUUGAAGAAGGUAUAUGUGCAUGGAGGUAAUGGUACACCUUUAUAAAACAUUGAGACCUUGUGCAGUUCUGGUCACCACUCUAUAGGAAGGACAUGCUUGACAUGCAAAAACAAACUUGGCGGAACUCAGCGGGUUGAGCAACUUUGGACAGGCAAAACAUAAUCAACAUUUCAGGAUGCCUCCUCAGGUGCUGCUUGACUCAAGAGUUCUCCCGCCAGUUUGUUUUUUUUGCAGAGAAUGUAGUACGUUUGGGAAGCUUUCGAUAACUUACCGUAAAUUAGAUUGUUGAAAAAAAAUUAGAGCAGUGAGGGAUUUACUUAUAAAUACAGAGAACGGAAUGUAAUGUGGAAAAAUACAUGAUCUUCCACUUUAACAUAAAGCAAGAUUUUUUUUAAAUGGUGGAAGAUGGACUGGUGUUCGUGUUCAGAAACAUCUGGGUGCCCUUGUGUACAAAUCCCUAAAAUUUAGCGUGGAGAUCCAGCAAGCAUUCAGGAACACAAGAGAGUUUGAGUACAAGAGUAAAGAUAUCUUCCUGCAUUUAUGGGGGAACCCCAUGAAAACACAUAUGGGAUAUUGAUUGAGUCUGGAUUUCCCACCCAACUUGCAACAGAGGGAGUGAGGCAGCAUCACCAGGCUGAUUAAUGGGAUGGGAACACCGUCCUAGUUUCUUGAAUGUACAGUAAAAUAUACUUCAUUGGGGGAUGGUUAAUAAAGUUGUAGUAAAUGAGCAAGUGGAACUCGACAAUGGCCAGUAGUCAUCAAUCAUUACAACUAGCCACUGAUAUUUACUAUAAACCCACAGACUCCCAUGGCUAUCUGCACAAAAACACCAUCCACCCCUGUCUCUAGUAAGGGCACCAUUCUCUUUAAGUUUUUCUGUCUCUGCACCAUCUGUUUUCAGGAUGAGUCUUUCUGCUCUAGGACUUCUGAAAUGUCCUUUACGAAACAAUGCUUAAUUUCUGUUGUAGCUGAUGGAGCCCUCUAUUGUAAUUCCCCCAUUUCUCACAUGUCCUCUCUCCUUCCCAAACCAUGCAGAGAUAGGCAUCCCUUUCUCCACACCUUUCACCCCAGUAGCUUCCACAUCCAGCAGACCAUCCUUCAUCACUUCUACCACCUCCAUAGGGAUCUCACCUACAAAUUUUUAACUGCAACGUGCAUUCAAAUAUCACACCUUUAGUUCGGUAUUCACUGCCCAUCUUAUAUUGGUCCUGAUUUUACCUGACCUUACUCUUUCAUCCCUUCUCAAACCUUCUGUCCUAUUACGUCUGCUUUCCGUCCCAACCUCUCCUGCAUUCUCCUUCCAUUUAGCUUCAUCCAUUCAUUUCCAAUUUGUUCACCCCGUCCAAUAUUUAGUUUAAUGCUCUGUACGGCCCUGGUUAUACGGUUUGCCAAGACCCUGGACCCAACUGAGUUCAAAUUGAGUCUGUCCCGUCUGAACAGUGCCCUCCUUCGCCAAUGCUGGUGCCAAUGUCCCACAAAUUCAAACCCACUUUCAUGCCAGUCUUUGAGCCACACGUUCAACUCUCUGAUCUUCUCAACCUCAUGCCAAUUUGCACGUAGCUCAGGUAGCAAUCCAGAGAUUAUUACCUUUUUGAUUCUGCUUUUGAAUUUGGUGCCUAGCUGCUCUAAUUCUCUUAGCAGAACCUCUUUCCUUGUUCUACCUGCGUCAUUAGUACCCACAUGGACCACCACGGUUGGAUAUUUAGCCUCCCACUCCAAGUUCCUCUGCAGGUUAGAUGAGAUGUCCUGAACCUGGGCACCAGGCAGGCAACGCAUUCCCCUUCUCUGGGCAAAAGACUGUAUUUACCCAAUCGAUUCCCCUCAUGAUUUUGUACCUCUAUAAGGUCACCCCUCAUCUUCCUGCACUCCAUGGAAUAAAACCCUAGCCUGUUCAAGCUCACCCUAUAGCUUAGACCAUCUUGUCCUGGCAAAGUUAUCUCAAAUCUCUACACCCUUUUCAGCUUGAUAUCUUUCCUAUGACAUGGUGACCAAAACUGAACACAAUACUCUAAAUAUGGCCUCACCAAAGUCUUGUAUAGCUAUAAUAUGACCUCCCAACUUUUAUACUCAAUACUCUGACUGAUGAAAGCCAACGGUAGAUACCGUGCCCAAAGCCAUUUUGAUCACGGUAUCUACCUGUGGCACCACUUUCAAGGAACUAUGUACCUGCUCUCCUAAAUCCCUCUGCUCUACAACGCUCCCCAGAGCCUUGUCAUUCACUGUAGGUCCUGCCCAUGUUGGACUUCCCAAAAUACAACACUUCAUUUCUCUGUAUGAAAUUCCAUCAACCAUUCCUCAGACCAUCUGCCCAACCGAUCAAGAUCCUGCUACAAUUUUGAUAACUAUCUUUGCGAUCUACAAUACCGCCCACUUUAGUGUCAUCUGCAAACUUGCUAAUCAUGCCAAGUACGUUCUCAUCCAAAUCAUUGAUAUAGAUGAGUAAUAGCAAAGGGCCCAGCACCAUACCCUGAGGCACCACUAGUCACAGGUCUCCAGUCUGAAAAGCAACCAUCCACCAUCAACCAACCAUUCCAUGAAGCCAAUGUUCUAUCCAUUCAGCCAUCUCUUGGAUCACUUGCGAUCUAAACUUCCAGAGCAGUCUACCAUGCGAACCUUGUCAAAUGCCUUGCUGAAACCUGUAUAUACAACAUGUACAGCUCUGCCCUUAUCAUACUUUUUGGUCACAUCUUCAAAAAACAAUCAGAUUUAUGAGACACGAUCUCUCGUACAAAACCAUGCUGACUAUCCCUAAACCGCCCUUGAACAUCUAUAUGCAUGUAUAUCUUAUCCCUCAGAAUACUCUCUGGUGACUUCCUGACCACAGAUGUUAAGCUCACUGGCCUUUAGUUCCCAGCAUUUUCCCUGUUGCCAUUUUUGAAUGGAGGCACAACAUUUGCCUCCCUCCAGUCUUCCGGCCACUCGCUCAUAUUUAAUGACGACUUGUAAAUCGCAGCCAGGGCACAUGCAAUUUCUUCUCUAGCUGCCUACUGUGCCCACGGAUACAUCUGGUCAGGCCUGGGAGAUUUGUCUACCUUCAUAUGUGUCAGGACCUUCAGAACCUCCUCGACUAACACUGACUGCUCUCAAGACACUUCCAUUGAUUGCCAGGAUAUUGGUUCCCCUCCUGUUACGGUGCAACCCAUCCCUCUUGUACAGGUCGCUUCUGCCCCAAAAGAGUUUGCAAUGGUGCAGAAAUCUGAACCCCUGUCCCCUGCACCUCCUCAGCCACACAUUCAUCUGCCCUAUCUUUAUGUUCCUACCCUCACUAGCACAUGAGAUUUAAAGCAAUCCAGAGAUAACUACCCUGGAAGUCCUGCUUUAUUGGUAGUCACAAAAUGUCAUCAAUCUUGAUAUGACGCAUGAAAAUGGGUGUGAUUUUGAGUGUUUUUAAGCUACAUUUUGCGCCUGGUUCCGAGGAUGUAAAGUGAUGAAAUAUUUUAGUUGGAAAAACCAGGAGGUGAUAUCUUUAUGUCCGCACCAUUACUUCCCUUUAUUGUUUGCAGAAAUAUUCACUGAUUAAACUGUUUCCUACAUUGCCA